GCGGAGUUCUCACGGGGUCUGCCUUGUGCUGGGGACACCAGAGGGACCGGCCCUGCUUUCCGGCAGUCAGAAGACCUGGCUGCCGAGGAGCCAGUCUUCCCAGUCCUCCCACGCUGCCCUUCUCAGCCCAGCUCGUCACCAUGCUGGUGCCCUCAGCGGCCAACGCAGGGAUGGACUGAGACUCACUGUGAGUCGAGGAAGAAGGGAGAGUUUGUCACCAGGAGUAGGAAGAGUGUUUCUCGUGAGCACGCCCCACCUGUGCAGGCCUCAGGGCCGUGUGCUGCGGAGAAGCAGGGAAGAGGCCAGGGAACAGCCUUGGGGGUCUCUGAGGGCCACGGACCUGUGCUGACUGCUGGAGACGCCCAGCCUGGCUCCCGGCUCACCUGUCCAUUUGAUGUGCCCGAAGCCCACAAGCUGGAAGGCAGCUUGUUAAAGGCCUACAAACAGGACGAUGACCCUAACAAGAUGUUCCUGGUCUACAGAGUCUGUAUGACAGAGGACAGCCUCCCUUGGGUUUCCCUCGUGGUGCACAAGACCCGACUGCAGAUCACCCAGGACCCCUCUCUGGUCUACGAGUACCUUCCGGGCACCGGCCUGAAAUCAUUCAUCCAGGCCUCCUUGGAGCUCCUCUUUGGCAAGUACAGCCCGGCCAUUGUGGAGAACAGGGCUGGGGGCGUUCACACGGUUGGCGAGAGUGGCGCCUUCCAGCUCGGGGCCCAGUUCCUCAGGAUGUGGCGCAGAGACGCUCAAACAGUUUGCAUCAUCUCGUAUCAAAAAGAAAGUCACGGACUCAUCUUCCAGGACUUGGGCUUUAAGGUUCGCGAAUACUGCAUCUGGGACCCCGAGCAUCGGCGCAUGGACUCCAACAUGUUCCUCGAUGUGGUGGAGCAGAUGCCAAGUGGCUGUACCCUCGUGAUUGGGAACCCUGUCGACUGCAGGCUGACACGGCCUCAGUGGGCAAAGCUGAUGUCCACCAUGAAGAGCAAGCAGAUAUUCCCGUUUUUUGACAUCCCCUGUCAAGGUUUAUCCACUGGUGACCUCGAGGAAGAUGCUGGAGUCUUGCAGUACUUCGUAUCCUGGGGCUUCGAGUUCUUCUGCAGCCAGUCUCUGUCGAAGAAUUUUGGCAUUUAUGAUGAAGGUGUGGGUGUCCUCGUGGCCGUGGCACUGAGCAACAAGCAGUUGCUGUGCGUCCUGUCCCAGCUGAUGAGCUACGCCCAGGCUCUGUGGCUGAGCCCUCCUGCCAGGGGGUCUCGUAUCAUCACUACCAUCCUCUGUAACCCUGUGCUGCAGGAAGAGUGGAAGCUGAGUCUAAAAGAGAUCGUAGAGAACAUGAUGCUGAUCAAGGAAAAGGUGAAGGAGAAGCUCCGGCUCCUGGGAACGCCUGGGUCCUGGGACCACAUCACUGAGCAGACUGGGACCCAUGGUUAUCUUGGACUCAACUACCAACAGGUGCAGUACUUGAUCAGGAAGAAGCACAUCUACGUCCACAAGAACAGCCGGAUAAACUUCACGUGCAUCAAUGCCGGCAACGUGGACUACAUCACCCAGAGCAUCUGUGAGGCUGUCCUCGCCACCAAGCAGGCAGAGAAGUAG